AUGCUCCCGCACUUCCAUCAUGAUGCAAAUCUCCGCCGCCUUGAGAGUCUCGCGCCUAUCCCCGACAUCAAUUGCGCUCCUCCACAUGAUUUUGACAGCCCUGAGAUAGCGGGCCAGCGUGGAGUCCGAGAAUCCUCGCUCGACUGCGCCGAAGACGGCCCAACACCGGGGAAUGAAGGCGGGAUUUUCGCAUCGCUGCCGCAAUCGCUACAGCAGCAGCAGCAGCAAUCAGAAGCAGGAGCAGGAGUAGGAGCUUCUAUUGGUGACAAUUCCUCGACAAUGGCGUCUGCACCCUCCCAGCGUCGACUUCUCCACAAGGAUCGGUUUGCAUAUGUGUUUGGCUCGCUGAAGACGCAAAGCUAUCACGAUCCCGCGGCGCGGGGACCGGGAUCCCAUACUAUCCGUACUCUUGCUUGGAAUCCUACAGGCCAACUCAUCGCAACCGGUUCUGCAGACCGCACGCUCCGCAUAUGGAACCCAGAGCGCGCAAAUGCGAGAUACUCCACCGAGCUUCGUGGUCAUUCAGCAGGCAUUGAGAAAGUCGUCUUUAACCCUAUUCGCGAUUCGGAGCUCGCGAGCUGCUCCAGCGACGGUACGGUCCGUUUCUGGGAUGUCCGGUCGAAGACGUGUGUUAGUCGACUCGAUGUUGGAGGAGAGGCCUUCACGCUGGCUUGGUCUCCAGAUGGGAAGGUUGUCCUCGUGGGCAGGAAGGAUGACAACUUGAUCCCAAUUUCCAUCGAAAGUCCAUCUACACCGACCGUCAUGUCGAACGGGAAUACUACCGCGACGGCCACAACUGAAAACUCUAACAAUGCCACCUAUACGAUGCUCGAGGCACAUCCACAACCCGUCCAGACGAACGCUACCACCUUUUCGUAUCAUGUUCCCACUCCGUCCGCCCCAGACCUGGACCUGCUCGUCACCACCGGCGAGGGCACCGUCAAGAUUUUCUCCUAUCCGUCCUUUACGUUGCGGCAUACCCUGCACGCACACACCUCAGCAUGUCUUUCUUUAGAGCUCUCACCUAACGGCCGUUACCUGGCUGUUGGUGGCAGUGACGCCUUAAUUUCCCUCUGGGACACAACUGACUGGGUCUGCCGUCGGACGGUGUCCAGCAGUAACGGCGGCGCCGUGCGUGGUGUCAGCUGGAGUUUUGACGGACGAUUCCUCUGUGGAGCCUGCGAUGAGCCUGGCUGUGGCGGCAACGGUCUGGAGAUUUUCCACGCGGAGACAGGCGACAGCGUCUAUACCGUUCCCACGGGCGCUGGAGCCAAUGCAGGCAUCCCUGCGGUAGCGUGGCACCCAUCGCGGUACUGGCUGGCUUAUUCGACGACAGCCGAUGGACCAGGAAGCACCCCCGGCGGGCUGAAGAUUGUAGGCGCUGCGGGAGGGGGUUUGUAA